AUGGAGAUGAAGCCAGUUGGUUAUAUAAACUCCUUGUUCACAUUUAAAAAUGGAACUCCUCGACAGCCAUCGGUAUGUCCAUUUGCCCGUGGUUCACUUAAAAUUGAUAAGUCCAUCUUCACAAACCCAGAGCAUUCACUGGAGGGUCUGGAGGAGUUUUCUCAUGUGUGGUUAAUAUUUAUUUUUCAUAAAAACAAUGCAGAAUAUAUGAAAGCUAAAGUUAAACCUCCAAGACUGAAUGGAAAAAGAGUUGGACUGUUUUCGACACGAUCUCCAUAUCGACCCAAUGCAAUUGGACUUACUCUAGCAAAACUAGAAGCUGUCUCAGGAAGCACAUUGCAUCUCAGUGGUAUAGACCUGUUAGACGGUACACCAGUGUUAGAUAUCAAACCUUAUAUCCCAGAGUAUGACUCACCUCCAUCAUCGUGUAAAAAUAAUUCUACUGAUGAGGAAGUUUUAAAGGAGACUUUGGAUGAUCCUGCCAAUGAGAAUCAAGAAUUAAAGUCACUGGCCUCUGACGUAGAUCAAGUGAACAAACAUAUCACAACCUUUACAGAGGAUGGCCAAAUUAAAGAACCCAAGCUAAAGCACUUAAAUGAAAAUGAACAUAAAGAUGGAAAAGAUCCUAAUUUAACUCCUGAGAACCAUAAAUGUAACAGUGAAAUAUCUUGUGACAAUAACAAUUUAAACAGUGAACCUCUUACACAAUGUUCUAGCAGUCCUGAAGUUAAAUCUGCAAAAUGGAUUUCAGAUGCACCUGUAACAAAAUUGUGUGUAACAAUCACAGAGAGGGCUAAUUCUCAGCUGCAGAAGUUUUCCAAAAGUGCCAAGAAUGAUGAAUUUAGACUAAAAUUUCUAGAUUCUGCAGAUGAAGCUCUAGAGGCCAUCCGUGCCAUUCUCUGUGAAGAUCCACGAUCAAUCUAUAGACGUCAAAAGUGUGUGGACAAUUUGUAUUACUUCACAGUGGAUGUGCUGCAUGUAACUUGCUGGUUUGAUGAUGACUUAGUGGAAAUUGUUAGAAUACAACCUAUUUCACAUGCUCAACAUCUUCAACUUCCUAAAUAAAUAGAUGUAAAAUAAAAAUAUAUCUACGUAAA